AUGAGUCAGACAGCUGUUAAUGUUAGCUUUGGCAAUGGAUGGGAAACAAAAACAACCGUGGUCUGUGGAGGAAACCAACUGCUGUCUCUGUGGUCCUCCACAGAAAUUCAACAUAAACUGGAUGGAGCUGUACGGACGAAACCCGUCUUCGAAAGGCUUCAAAAUGAGAUGUCUGUUGCGGGUUACCAGAGAAGUACGGAUCAGCUGAUAAACAAAAUUAAAAAAUUAAAAAAAGAUUAUCGGGAUCAAAAAAAGGAGCUUGGGCGAAGUGGUAGUGGCGGUCAGCAAAGAAGAUCGCCAUAUUUUUACGUCCUGGACUCCAUCCUGGGGGACCGACCGGCAUGCCAAACCACCGGGGCGCUCAACUCCGCCACAGCGUUGUUAGAGGCGAUGGUGAACGGAGAGGCAGACUGUCCCAAUGCUUCAGUUCGCACCAUCACCCCCCCCCCACAGGACUGCAGCUCGCCGGUCCCAUCUGCCUCCGUGUCAUCACGGCAAGCCAGACGAGGAAAAAAGCGUGAACAUGAGGAGCUGUUGGACUACAUGGAGAAGGCUGACGAUAAGUUCCUGCAGCUCAACAAAGACAUGGUGGCAAAGAUGGAGGCAGACACCAGCGCUCUGCUGGGGCUCAUGGGGCGCAUGGUGGCAGUGAUGGAGGCGCAAGCACAGAAAUAA